CGAAGCACGCGUUCCUUGAUUUAUGUGCGCGGGUUUCUAGCCAGAUAAAUUGCCAGACUUGUGUUGUGUGGAGGGUGCCAGGCCUAAUGAGUCGACGGGCCUGCGUGUUAAUGGCGAAUUAAUGACGGGCGAUUAAAAUGCAAUAGCCACAUGCAUGGGCCCCAGUAAUGAGCUGAACCAACCGCCACAGUACAGUGAACCAGUGCUAUAAAUUAGAGUCCCCCUGAAAAGUGUUGCCUACUUAGCGGCUUUUGGGCUUACGAUCUGUUGGAAGUGUUCGGAGCCCCUUAAAACCUUUUACUCACUCACCCCCUCGCCCACCAAAUAAAAGUUGUGUAAAACGGAUUAGGCAAAAAAAACAGCAGAAAGACCCCAAAAAAAAAGAAAAACUCUCAGUGAAACCGAACCAAAAAUAGGACCAAGCGGAGAAAGCACUUUCAUUGCUCCCCAGGCAGAGCUUAGCCGAGAGUUGGGCCCGGCUCUAAUUUGACGGAAUCGUUAGUUGACCAGCCAAGUCCGCCCCGUGCUGGCGGAUCGCGUGCCGACUACAAGCGUAAUAACAAUAAACUUGCGGAUAACAACCACAGAUACAGCAGCAAAAUGUCCCUGCCAUCCAGAGCCAAUUUCGGAUUACUCAACUGGCUCAUCGGCUGGCUGCUGCUGCUGUCGAUGGUGCUGCUCAGAGGCUACAGCGCAGCACUGGCGCCCACGCCGCCCACAACGACGACAACAACAAUCUCGCCCUCGAAUCUGCUGCCCUACUUCGACUUUGAUGUGCCGCGCAACUUGACCGUAACCGUCGGCCAGACCGGCUUCCUCCACUGCCGUGUGGAGCGGCUCGGCGAUAAGGACGUCUCCUGGAUACGCAAACGUGAUCUGCAUAUCCUCACCGCCGGCAGCACCACCUACACAUCCGAUCAGCGUUUUCAGGUUCUGCGACCCGAUGGCUCCGCCAAUUGGACCCUGCAAAUCAAGUAUCCACAGCCACGUGACUCCGGCGUCUACGAGUGCCAAAUCAACACGGAGCCCAAGAUGUCCCUGUCGUACACUUUCAACGUUGUGGAACUCAAAGCGGAAAUCUUCGGGCCCAGCGAUCUGAUGGUUAAAACCGGCAGCGACAUCAACCUUACCUGUAAAAUUAUGCAGGGACCCCACGAGCUGGGCAACAUAUUCUGGUACAAAGGCGGCGAAAUGCUCGAUGGCAAGAGUGAGAACGAAAUCGACAGCUCCAUGGCCCGGAUUCGCGUCGAGGAUGAUUGGACUGACGGCCUGACUUCGAGAUUAAAAAUCAAGCGCGCCAUGCCCGGCGAUACUGGCAACUACACCUGUAUGCCGACGGUGGCAAAAACCUCGAGCGUCUACGUGCACGUAAUUAUCGGCGAACACCCGGCGGCCAUGCAACACAACUCGAGCAGCAACAGCAACAGCUUCUACUGCGGCAUAUGCUGCAUGCUGCUGAGCAUUGUGUCCUGCUGCCUGCAGCACUUCUACGAGGCAGGGUGUGGAUAUAUUCAUGUUGCGGCAGCGUCGGCCAAAUCGGCGGGACUGCGGCCCCCGAAGCGAGCAUCGCUAACGACCAGCGAAAAAGGAGAAGCUGCAGCAGGAGCAGCAACAGCCACAGCAACAGCGGCAACAUACACAUCAGCAACGUGCAACAUGUUGAGAGAACGCCCAGCGGCAACUCGGUGUUUGAGAUGAAGGAAUAAUCAACACGCAGCGAAACACUAAAAAGGCAAAACACACACCGUCACACACACAAACCACUCACACACAUACACAUGUUCAAGGUGAUUUAAGUUUUCUAUGUAUCGCAUGGGGGGUUCAACCAUAAGUAUUUACUAACUUCUAAGAUUAAUGCACUUAGUGGAAAAGCAAACAUAUUAUCUGAUAAGUGAACAAGUAUUAACAGUGUUAAAAGAGGAUGCUAAACCAUGGAAAACUGAUAGCAAGUCCCAAUAAAACCUAUGCAUUUUCGUGGAAAAUCAUAAUAUAGUUAAAUGUUUUCAUGCAAACCCUAUUUAAGAGUUGUAUUUAUUCAUUUUGAGCAAUUCUUUUUUGAUUUUUUUCUAGUCAACUGUCAACCGAAAAAAUCUAAAUUUUUUGAUUAUCACUUUCUGGACUGCCUGAAAAUAGCAUUGGUUAAAAAUAAUUGAUCCAAAAAGUUACAAAGACAAUCGAUAGCCGAAAAUAACACCGAGAUCAGAGAUAUAAAACUAUCAGUUAUCUCUUUUUGCUACCGAACAUCGAUUGCACACCCAUAGCUAGAUACACACCCUUUCAUUAUGAAAUAAGACUAACUAGCUAUUAAUAUUCCUAACAGCCCAAAUUACAACAUGAAACCCAGUUCUUUGGAAUCACAAUACCCUACUUCUAUGCAAUCUCUAAUUGCCAACAAAUGCGCACUCCAGUAGCCGAUUGCAUAAGUUGUUGGAUUCAAAUUUGCUGUAUAUAAUUGCCAUUCGAGAGAAAUUUAUUCAAGAGUACUUCGAACUAUUUGUAAACUGGCCGAUUUAGAACAAAAGAUGUUUUUGCGUUCGAGUAGAGCUGAUUGGCUUUGCACACUUAUCAGUUCUAGGCAUAAGCUAGGGUUAAGUACGAUUAUGAAUGUAUGAAUAGCAAAUAAGCGGAUAAACUACAGUAGUGGAUACUUGAUUUCAUCCGCCAGCAGUCGAAAGUUAUGGAUAAAACCUUGUUUAUGUCUGACCCAAUUGUGGGCGAAGCUCGUUUAAGUGUAAAUAAUUAGUUUUGGAUAGAAACAAAAAACAAAAAUAAAACAAAAAACAAAAAACAAAAGAGGGGAAAUUUGAAAUAAAUGCAAUUUAUAAUUGUGCUUAUCGAUAUAAUUGAUACGAAUGCAAUGCGAAUGUGCAGGCACUGUAAAUAAAUUCAUUAGUAGACGAAAUUGUAAUUUUAAUUAACUCUUAAAUGAUAUAAACAGAUAAAAGCGACAAAUGCGAUCCGAUAGAUGCGCAUCGCCCUAGUUGGUAAGCCGCGCACUGAGGCAAAAUUGGCAUAACUCACAUGCAGAACUAAAUUAACUAAAAAACACGAAACAUAACACAACUUUAAAUAAUAGUAAAAAGCUAGAUAAAUUUAAUACGGUCUAUCCCAGAGCCCGCAUCUUGUAAAUAGAGUGAAUGGAUAUUACAUUAACCUUAGCAAGCUAAAUCCGAACAGAAACGCCGAAAAGCGUCGGAUUCGAGUGGAUUGGAGAGUCAAGAAUAAAAGUCGGUCCCCGAUCAAAAACAAUAACGAAUCCCUAGCAAAUACAUUAUGUACGAGUGUCACAGCAUUGCAGCUACAAGUAUAUACAUAUAUAAACCAGGUACUCUCAAAUCAUUUUUAUGUGUGCGUAUCCAUAGGUACCCUACAUAUGCAUAUACAGAUAGGAUUGUUGAAAAGCGACAACAAACACACGGACACUGCAGGCGAGAGUUUUGUGAAAUGAAACCAAAUCGAUUCAAUAAAAUUAUUAUUUAGAAAAUUUAA